CUUGGUCGCAAGUUGUAGCUUUGUCAACACCAAGCACGCAAUUCCUACUUUGUCUUGCCAACACACCGUUGUUGCCAACAUUGUUGAAAAGCAUUAUGAUGCUUGUCGAACCUUCCAAUGAUAAAAUAAAUUUCGUGGUAUCGCGAAAUCGCGGCUCUAAGAUCGCAGGACACGCUGCCAAAAGUUCACCAUGUCAUUACUCACCUUCACACCAACAGAUGUAUCUGUUGAAGAGCACAAGCGUCCUCACAGCGAUGUAUCAUUCUACUCGAACAAACGACGUCGUAUAUCACUAGAUCAGUAUUCGCCGAUUCAAGCCUCAAUUACGGCACUCUUGCCAAGUCCGGCUGACCCACGCAAAAGGCGGUAUAGUCUUUUUCGAGGUGGAGGCCAAAGUAUUCUACCAUCAGCAGACUUGGUCGAUAUAUCGAAUGACUUGGCUUACCCAUCUGGUCUCGUGGAAGAUAUAGCUUCGAAAAGCCAUGAUCAGUUUCCGACGCGCUCGUCCAUUACGACAGUCCGCUCUGUACUACCGCUCCAGUCUGUUGAUAUCAGCAGAUAUGACCUUGUCGAGAUCGGCCUGGCGGCUAGCAUCCGCAGCCGUAUCACUGACCAUUGUCUCCAUAGAAUCAGACAAGAAAGUAUUGACCAUGAUCUUGUCGAGCAAUUCGACCACGUUGAGUCUGAAGACAAAUACUCCUCAGAACUAGUUGAUCUCAACGAGAAGCGCCAAUCGACGCAAGUUUCAUUGCUUGUGAAGCUGCCGAUUUCUCGGCCGAAGUCUCUCAUCAUUAAACUCCCCAUACCAAGACCGAAAUCACUAGUCAUCAAGCUAUUAGUCUCUAUGGAAAAAUAUCAAGAGUUUAAAAGGGACAAUACGAAGUCCAAUCUACAGCCCUCCGACACUAGCUCCGAAAGUAUACACAUGGCGACGAUAUGGACCACGCAAAAAUCUUCUCCAGGAAUACCAUGCAAGGUCCAGCGGCGAAAGAGAGAUCGGCUUAUAUUCAAACUUGCACCGAAUAUUAAUGCCCACCUUCCUCCUGAUGUAGAUAUCAGCUCGCAAGAAAUUCUCGCCUUCUUCCCAAACCACGUGCAGUGGCCGAGUAUCUGCUGCCGUCUAAUUAGCAACGGUUAUACAGCGUCUGAUCUCUCUUCAAUGUUGAACUGGCACCGGAAUGAUGGCUGCCUCACUCGACAGUGCGCAUCGUCGAUAUUAAGGAAGCCUACCUGCGGUCGGCGUCAUGAGAAUACGAGCGCAGCCGCCAGACAUGUCCACAAGUCCAACAAAGAUAUAUCCACAACGCGCCUUACACCUCCACGGGAUGUGCCUCCUGCAUCGCGCACUUUCCCACUACUUGCUUCCCUUGCUCAGGGAGUCACACACUGGCCGUUAGGAAUCGAAGCACGGACGCUCACUUGGGCGAUAAAGUUUUCUGUGGCGAAUCCCGAUCUGUGUCUAACUGUCAAAGAUGUGAAAUGGAUUGUGGGCGGACACUUUCUAAGAUACAGGGGUAACAUGGAAGCAAGGAUCAGACCACUUGGUCCGCAAAAUGUAGACAAAGUGACCCUGACAGAAUGGAGACAUAGAGGCGGGAGAUUGACGGAAAAUGAAGGAGGGCGACAUCUAUCAAGCGGCUAUACACUGAAGCCAGGAAACAUUUGUCAGUUGGCUCAGCAUCGGAAGAUCACAAAUGAUUUUGCGCCAGAUUGAGCCCUUAUCAAUACGUACAAGCGGACAAGAUAGAGGGAUAAGGGUCCUGAU